AGAAGAAGAAGUUCCCGCCCAUCACGACGCAUGGAAACGACGUCACGAAAGUAAACAAGAGUAUGUCGCACAGACAGACUCAAAUAAGAGAAAUGAACGGUCAAGCAGACGUCGAAGUCGACUAUAAGCGGAAAUACAAAAAUCUCAAACGAAAAUUAAAAUUUCUUGUUUAUGAACAGGAAUGCUUUCAGGAGGAGCUGAGGAGAGCACAGAGAAAACUUCUCAAAGUUUCCAGGGACAAAAGCUUCCUUUUGGACAGACUGCUGCAGUAUGAGAGAGUCGAUGAAGAUUCCUCAGAUUCAGAUGCAACAGUUUCUUCAGAAAAUAGUGAAGGAGAAGGACCCCGUGAGAGGGAAAGAGAACGAGAAGUAGCAAAGAAGCGAAGAAGUAGUCCUGGGGCGUGUAUUCCUUCAUCAUCUUCCCCUCAUCUCUCCCUGUUGUCCCGUCCUGGUGUAAAUCCCCUACAGUCAUCGGGCUCUGGACCCUACCUGAACACUAUGCCCUUCCCACCAGAGUAUAUGGCUCCACCAGCUGAACGAAUGAAGAAAGAGAGAAAAACAAAGACGCCUAAAAACAAGAAAGAGACUACUGGGAAGGUUGUUGCCCCAAUGGCAGCUAAUUACCCAUCAGCCCCCGUGGCGCCUACUGCAGCCAGCGGCCCCUUCAGCUGGGUUCCCAGACAGAUGCUUAGUGGAGAUGCAGCUGAGGAGGAGGGAGAGAGUGAUGGAGACAGCGAUCGAGGAGAUGAAGACAGAGGGGAGGGAGACGAGGCUGAACUAGUCAUUGACAUCCCUAAUGAGUGAGCCUGAGUGUGUGUUUAGAUGUAUUUAUAAGCAGGGGAUUGUGAGUGUGUGAGUGAGUGAACAAUUGUGACUAAAUGUAUUUUCUGUACUCUGUUGCCCAUUAUAUAUUUUCAAAGUGGGAGCCAAGCUCCCCCCUGUGGGCUUUCGCUUAAUUGCAGCAUCACGGUCUAAAAUAUCUCACAGAUAAAUGUGAUUUUCCAAUAUUAUGUUAUGGAUUAAAUCUUGGGUUGUACUUUUUUAAGAAAAAUCCAUGGGCAUUUUUUGUCCAAACAGUCUAGCAUCCUACAAACUGUGACUACAACUAGGUAUGUCCUGCACAAAGUGAGUUUUUGAUCAUUUGUUUUGCAUUGUAUAACCGUAAUCUCGUACUUGGUAUUGUUUAAAUGCUGUAGUCAAUUUAAGUUGUUUAUUAUGAUAUACAUGUUUCAAUUGUGUUUCAAUGUUAGGUCAUCUUUGCUUGUUACGGGCAGCUUUUACAUCUGUCAUUUGUACUAAGUUAAUGUUUUUACAAAACACCAAGAAUUAAAGCUACUUCAUGUUAAUGGAGAUGAUCCUGUCAAAUUGUUUGUGUCAGAGAAUAAAUAAAAUUAUUUCAGAUGGCUAAAA